GCGACAGCGGGCAUCCAAUCCUUCCUUUCCUUCCUGCUCUCAAUUGAAAGAAGCCCGUCCCUCUUCCUCUUCCUUCCCAUAAAUAUUUCUACAUCAACUCUUGAUGCAGAAAUUUUGUGCUGUCGUUUACAGAAAUUAGUUAACUACGAUAACUAAUGGCGGUUCGAGUAUUGAACACCCGCGUAACGUUUCGCUCUGCCGCGUCGCCGCCGCUCGCCGUUUUUCGGAGCUGUGUCCGCCAAGUCAGGACCGUGCGGCAUCCCAACCACUCCAAAUUAGGGCUUCAUCUCUCAAUUAUUGGGUCACGGUGGUGUUUUUGUAGCCAUGGUGGAAGCAUUCGAAGUUACUCAGUUCAAAGUCUUGUCGACACUGUCAUGGAGGAGCUGGAGGUCUUGCGCAAACGCCGCCAACUCCGCGUUUCUAACAAGUUAGCAACUAGUGGGGAGCUUCUCCAAGAUAAAUUGGAAAAACGAACACUGCAGAAAGGGUUGCUGCUGGAGUUCAAGAAAGACACCGGAAGGGUAUUGCUGGCUGUUGCUCAGAAACCCGACGGCAAGAAGAACUGGACGGUCUUUGAUCAGAAUGGUGUCACAACCUCCAUAAAACCACAACAAAUAACAUUUAUUGUUCCGGGUAUUGAGGACUUUGACCAUACACAGAUAUCAGACUUCAUUCAGAGAGCUCAGAGUAACUUGGAUCCAGCACUACUCGAGUUUGCAUGGAUUGAGCUGCUUGAAAAGGGCAAGUCAGUAACUAUUGAGCAACUAGCUGAGAUGAUUUUUGGUAGUACGGAGCCCCUUGAGAGCUAUUGUUCCCAUUUACUGCUGUCAAAUGAUGAUGUUUACUUCACAGUUCUGGAGACAAAAGGUCCUUUCUCUCUAUAUGGUCCUCGACCUGCUGUUCAGGUAGAAGAGCUUCUUCAAAAAAAGCAUGCCAAAGAAUUGGCUGAAAGGGAGUUUCAUGAGUUUAUGCAGUUAUUGAAAUCUGCCAAAGGAAUGCCUCCACAUGCUAAACCCUCAAAGUCUUCGUGGAGAAGUGAAGAGAAAAUUUGGCACAGAAUUGGAUCUCUUGAAGCUUAUGCUAUUGAUGAUUUCAAGAAUGAUGACCAAAGGAAAACUGCUGGGAUGAUUCUAAAAGAGAUGGGGCUAUCAAAAACUUCAGCAGCAGCCCUAAAUCUACUCAUAGACAUUGGCUACUUCCCUGUACAUGUCAAUCUUGAUUUAUUGAAGUACAGCAUUCACACUGAUUACCCAGACAGGGUUUUAGCAGCUGCUGGAAGCCUGUUAUCAGAAUCGUAUGACGACCUUGAUGUGACUGUCAGAUUAGAUUUGACCCACUUGAAGGUUUAUGCCAUUGAUGUUGAUGAGGCUGAUGAGCUUGAUGAUGCACUGAGUGCUACAAGGCUUCAAGAUGGUCGAAUUAAGGUUUGGAUACAUGUUGCAGACCCAACGAGCUUAGUUCGACCUGGAAGCAUAAUAGACAAAGAGGCAAUGAAAAGAGGAACUUCCAUAUUUUUACCAACUGCAACCCAUCCUAUGUUUCCUGAGAAAUUGGCGAUGGAAGGCAUGAGUCUGAAGCAAGGAAAACCCUGCAAUGCUGUAACAGUAUCUGUUAUACUGCGACCUGAUGGAAGUAUUGCAGAAUAUUCUGUGGACAAUUCCAUAAUCAAACCAACUUACAUGCUGACAUAUGAGAGUGCAUCAGAGCUCCUUCUUUUGAAUCUGGAAGAGGAGAUUGAAUUGAAAAUUCUGUCAGAGGCAGCUGCGCUGCGAUUCAGAUGGCGGCAACAACAGGGUGCAAUAGACACGGCCACAUUAGAAACACGAAUCAAGGUUGCAAAUCCAGAUGAUCCAGAGCCUUUGAUUAGACUAUAUGUUGAAGACCAGGCAGAUCCUGCUAUGCGACUUGUAUCUGAGAUGAUGAUCCUGUGUGGGGAAGUUAUGGCCACUUAUGGUUCUUGUAACCACAUCCCAUUACCAUAUAGGGGGCAGCCUCAAUCAAAUAUUGAUACAUCAGCAUUUGCCCAUCUUCCUGAAGGACCUGUGAGGAGUUCAGCAAUUGUUAGAAUAAUGCGGGCAGCUGAGAUGGAUUUCAGUAAGCCUAUCCGUCAUGGGGUUCUAGGACUUCCUGGCUAUGUUCAGUUUACAUCUCCCAUCCGAAGAUAUAUGGACCUCCUUGCUCAUUACCAGGUAAAAGCAUUUCUUAGAGGUGAUUCUCCUCCUUUCUCAGCUGGUCAACUUGAAGGAAUUGCAUCUUUAGUAAACAUGAGCACCCGAGUAGUCAGGAAGCUUUGCAACAGCAGUCUACGGUAUUGGAUAUUGGAGUAUUUAAGACGGCAACCAAAAGAGAAAAGGUUUUCUGCUUUGGUACUCAGAUUUAUUAAAGAUAGGAUGGCCGCAAUACUCUUGGUGGAGGUUGGACUUCAAGCUUCUGCCUCAAUGUCCAUAGGUGUAGAGGUUGGUGACGAAGUUAAAGUUCAAGUGGAAGAAGCUCAUCCACGGGAUGAUAUUCUCUCUCUCAAAGAGGUUCCAGUGGCAGAAUGACCUUUUGAUGUUAAAGUUUGUGGUAAAAACACUGACUCUAAGCCCUUCUCUCUAUGUUAGCUGGUACCUUCAGUUGGGCACCAGACGGGAGUACAUGGAACUGUCGUCGAAGUCUCGAGGAGCUCCAGUUAUUUGUAUUUCACUACUUCAGAAGCUUAGGAGCAAAGCAUGUACAGGCACAGCUAGAGGCCACAUCAUCUUUCAUUAUGCGGCACCACAAUGCAAAACAGAUGAAAUCCUGAACUCUUUUGAGUUUUCCUCUUGACGUGUCGAAUCCUCAAGGGCUGCGACGGAGUUUGAUCUAAGAUCACGUUUUUGGCUGGCAUUAAUGGGUGGGUGAGUUCAACACGGGAGCCUGUGAGUUCCCAUCUGCUGGGAAAUUCUGAGGUUGGGGAAAAAAAAAAGGUUAUACAGGAACUGUUUAGUUACAAGCAUUCGCGCGCUGUAUAUAGAGGUUCCGAGACUUGAAAUAAUGUCAUGGUUUUUAUGUUUUGGCAAGUCAGUCCACCCCUCCGUCGACAA